AUGGGCUGCCACUCAUUGUGGGCCCGCGACGCAAACACGCAGAACGUGGUUUGGGGCAGUGAAAACAACAACGCCAGAGGCACAUCCCUCUUGGAAUACUUGGCAGACGUCGACCUGGAGAUCCUAAACAGGGGAUCCAGUCCCACGUUCAUCACUUCUCGCUGCCAAUGUGUCAUCGAUAUCACGCUGUGUGACAGGAGGCUAGCGCAACGGUACGUUGACUGGUGGGUGGACCGGGAGGACACACUAUCCGAUCACAGACGCAUCAAAUUCAACAUUGAAGGCAGAGCCGGGAAGUUGCAGGGUCCCGCACGCAGGGACCCCAGGACUACCGACUGGACCUCUUUUAAAGAGGAGCUGGAGGCAAGGUUGAGGGAACGGCGGUUGAGGCCCAGCAACGUGCGCAGAUUAGAGGAUGAAGUGGACACAAUCCACGAAGCCCUGAUUGGCGCCUUCCACAAGGCAUGCCCGAUAAAAGCGAGCAGGCAGGGGAAAAACGUGGCAUGGUGGAGCCGUGAACUGGAUAGACUCAGAGUGCUGUCCAGGAGACUCUGCAACUACGCCUACAGAACAAAGAGCCAUGAGGACUGGACUCAGUACAGAAAUUCGCAGGAAGAGUACAAAAGACUCAUCAAAAAAUCGAAGGAAACCGCCUGGAAGGACUUCUGUGAUGACUUGGAGGCCCUACCACAGAGAGCCAGGCUUCGCAGGGUCUUUUCGGGGGAACCAACGCAAGGGCUGGGGGAGAUCAUACUCCCUAACGGGGAGAUCAUCACACAGCCCAACGACAUCCUGGAACAUCUGAUCCAAGUGCACUUCCCGGACUCUAAUUUACAAAGGAGGGACUCGCGCACGGGGACGGUUCUGGAGCAAACAGAGAGGGGUGGCCCAUACUGGCGCCUAGCCUCGGAAAUAAUUACGAUGGCGGGCCUGAGGUGGGCUGUGGACUCCUUCGACAUGUAUAAGAGCCUGGGCCCCGACGGGUUGGGGGGGUCCGCAGCACCUGCACAGGCUGCUGCCAAUAUGAAGAGCAAGCCUUGCUCUUGGGCAUGUGCCCUACAAAUGGCGGGAGGUCAGGGUUGUCUUCAUCCCCCAACCGGGUAG